CUGUGUGAACUGUCCUCCGCAUCGUUCCGCCGACUUUUCACACCUCUGAAUAUGUCUUCCCCCGACAUCUCUCUGGUCAUUCGCCCUCGUGGCCGACCCAUCAAGAAUCUCCCUGAAACGAUCACCGUUAGCCCCGAUGGCUCGGCUUCACAGAUCUUUGAGAGGAUCGCACAGGCUGCCAAGUUCUCCAAAGACCGACUGAGGGUCACAAAGGGAAGCGAUGGCACGCCAAUCCCCAAUACUGGAAACGUCACAGUCUACCAGACUGGUCUGAGGAACAGGAGCGCAGUCGAUGUCAAGGACCUCGGACCCCAGAUCGGCUGGCAGACAGUCUUCUUGAUCGAAUACUUUGGCCCCAUUUUCAUCCACCCUCUCGUCUACUACGGCCGCCCGUUCAUCUAUGGAACCUCCGCCCCGCCAUCCGAGCUCCAGAAGCUCACCUUGAUCAUGGUGCUCCUGCACUUCCUCAAGCGCGAGUUCGAGACACUCUUUGUACACCGUUUCUCAUCGGCCACAAUGCCGUUCCAAAACGUUUUCAAGAACAGCGCCCACUACUGGCUGCUGUCGGGCGUCUGGAUGGCCUUCUGGAUAUACUCCCCCAACUCGGCGGCUGCGCGCGCAUCGAACCCACUCAUCACGUACGCUGGCCUCGCACUGUACGUGUUCGGCGAGCUGGCCAACCUGUCGAGCCACUACACGCUGCGCAACCUGCGCCGGCCGGGCACCACCGACCGCGGCAUCCCCCAGGGCUUCGGAUUCAACAUCGUCACAUGCCCCAACUACAUGUUCGAGAUCAUCUCGUGGAUUGGUAUCUUGCUUGUUAGCUGGAGCCACUCUACCAUUCUUUUCCUCAUCUUCGCGUGCGUGCCGAUGGGGCUUUGGGGCAAGAAGAAGGAGAGGAGGUAUCGUAAGGAAUUUGGAAGCAAGUACAAGCCGAAGAGGUUCGCCAUCUUGCCGGGAAUUUAUUAAGGGGCGGCUUCCCAGGCUGCAAUAUUGCGGCCGGUGACCGUUUGAAGAAGGGAAUUCCAUCAUUUCUUUUUUUUUUCUGUGUCACCAAUCACACGCAGGUGUUGGUGGUGUAUAGGCAAUUUGCAACGCCCACGAUUAUGUUGUCGAGGGUUACUUCUGAGGCUGAGCAUGGGAAGGCAACAAGGCAACAAGGCACCAGGGCGUUGAUUUUUUUUAUGAUCUCUUGGGCCGUCUCCACCCGUUCAUCGUCAUCAUCAUUCCCAUCCCAACCAGCCACGCAGCAGAAUGGGACACGAGCCGAAGGUUGUGUGACCGGUUAUGUCAGGGGCACAAUGUCUGUGUCCAUAGUUUCGCAUCUCCAUGUACGGAGUACGUAGGCAAUAUCUUGCCUGCUGGAGCCUAAUUAAAAAGUACAAACAUGAUGAUAUACG